CUUCAACAUCAAGGUUGUUCCAGGUGGUGCUGUGGAGCCUUCCCCAUCAGUUUCUAGCUGAGAUGACCCUACCACUGCUGGGGCCAGCGGGAGGCGGUGACUUCUCAGGGGGACUUCUGAGGAGGAAGAUGGCUGCCCAAAUGCUGGUGCAGACAGUGCCACUCCUGCUGAGUCUGCUCCUCCUGGUUCAAGGUGCCCGUGAUGGGGGCCUAAGGGAAGACUUUCGCUUCUGCGGCCAGAGGAACCAGACGCAGAGGAGCAGCCUCCGUUAUGAGCCAUGGACACAGCUGCGCAUCUCCAUCGAGAACUCCGAGGGGGCCCUCACCAUCCAUGCCCCCUUCCUCGCAGUUUCCUCGGCUUCCCAAGUCUUCCCUGAGCCCAGGGGCCUCUACCAUUUCUGCCUCUCCUGGAACCGCCACGCUGGGAAAUUGCACCUUCUUUACGGCAAGAAAGACUUCUUGCUGAGUGACCAAGCCUCUGGCCUCCUGUGCUUCGGGAACCAGGAGGAGAUCCUGGCCCAGGGCCCCCCGAUGUUCGCCACCUCUGUCAGAUCCUGGUGGAGCCCCCAGAACACCAGCUUGCCCAGUGCUGCUGGCUUCACCUUCUCCUUCCACAAUCCUCCCCAGAAGGCCUCCCACAAUGCCUCGGUAGACAUAUGCGAGCUGAAACGGGACCUCCAGCUGCUCAGCCAGCUUCUGAAGACUCCUCAUAAGAACUCAAGGAGGCCCUCGUCUACCCCGAGCCUCGCCAGCCAGCAGCUGCAGAGCCUGGAGUCGAAGCUGACCUCCCUGAGGUUCACAGGGGACACGGUGUCCUUUGAGGAGGAUCAGGUCAACGCCACAGUGUGGAAGCUCCAGCCCACAGCCGGCCUCCAGGACCUGCACAUCCACUCCAGGCAGGAGGAGGAGCAGAGUGAGAUCCUGGAGUACUCAGUGUUGCUGCCCCGCGUGCUCUUCCAGACCAAAGGCCGGAGGAAGGAGUCUGCCAAGAGACUCCUCCUGGUGGACUUCAGCAGUCAAGCCCUAUUCCAGGACAAGAAUUUUAGCCAAGUCUUGGGUGAGAAGGUCUUGGGCAUUGUUGUGCCGAACACCAAAGUAGCCAACCUCUCAGAGCCCGUGGUACUCACGUUCCAGCACCAGCCGCAGCCGAAGAACGUGACUCUACAGUGUGUCUUCUGGGUCGGAGACCCGGCAUUGAGUACCCCAGGGAGCUGGAGCAGUGCGGGGUGCGAGACCAUCAGGAAAGAGACACAGACGUCCUGCCUUUGCAACCACCUGACCUACUUUGCAGUUCUGAUGGUGGCCUCCUUGGAAGUGGACGCCGUGCACAAGCACUACCUGACCCUCCUCUCCUAUGUGGGCUGUGUCAUCUCUGCCCUGGCCUGCGUCCUCACCAUUGCCGCCUAUCUCUGCUCCAGGAGGAACACUCGAGAUUAUACCAUCAAAGUGCACAUGAACCUGCUGCUGGCCGUCUUCCUGCUGGAUGUGAGCUUCCUGCUCAGCGAGCCGGUGGCCCUGACAGGCUCUGAGGAUGGCUGCCGUGCCAGCGCCAUCUUCCUACACUUCUCCCUGCUCGCCUGCCUCUCUUGGAUGGGCCUCGAGGGCUACAACCUCUACCGACUGGUGGUCGAGGUCUUCGGCACCUAUGUCCCUGGCUACCUGCUCAAGCUGAGCGUUGUGGGCUGGGGCUUCCCCACCUUCCUGGUGACACUGGUGGCACUGGUGGACAUUAACAACUAUGGCUCCAUCAUCCUAUCUGUGCACAGGACUCCAGAGAGUGUCAUCUAUCCUUCCAUGUGCUGGAUCCGGGACUCCCUGGUCAGCCACAUCACCAACCUGGGCCUCUUCAGCCUGGUGUUUCUGUUCAACGCCGCCAUGCUGGGCACAAUGGUGGUGCAGAUCCUGCGGCUACGUCCGCACACCCCGAAGUGGCCCCACGUGCUGACGCUGCUGGGCCUCAGCCUGGUCCUCGGCCUGCCCUGGGCCUUGGUCUUCUUCUCCUUUGCUUCCGGCACCUUCCAGCUUGUUGUCCUCUAUUUCUUCAGCAUCAUCACCUCCUUCCAAGGCCUCCUCAUCUUCCUCUGGUACUGGUCCAUGCGGCUGCAGGCGCAGGGCGGGCCCUCGCCUCUGAAGAGCAGCUCGGACAGCUCCAGGCUCCCCAUCAACACGGGCAGCACCUCGUCCAGCUGCAUCUAGGUCGCCAGCCACCCCGUGUGAGGAAGCAGCGGUGCGGCCUCUCCUCACCACAGCCUGCGGCCCCCGCAGCUGGGCCUGGCCACCGGCAGGUUAGCCAGAGACUUGAGGAGGCCCGAGGACCUCAGAGGGUGGGAGCUGUCACCACGGCGGCCGGACUCCCAGGCUGGGCCUUCUGAAUUGGCCCGCGGACCACUGGACUCUCAGGUUCACUCUCAAGGGGCUCAGGAGUGGGACCAUCCUCCUAGCCGUCCUACGCUGGAGCUGAAGGCGACUUAACUCGCCUGCCCUGGGCUCAGCCCCCGUGGCUGGGGGUUGGGAAGCGCAGGCCCCAGAGUCAGGUCAUGGACCUUGGAGGCCUGGCAACAUCUUUGGCCCUGUACCCCUACCUAGGACAGAAAUGUGCCAUAGCUAUUCUGUUUCUGGUGACCACCAGGAGGGUACUUUGCAGCCCCUGUCAUUUUAACCCAAGGGUGGCAUCCAGGGCAAAAGGGGUUGGGGCCAAGCUUCAGACCUCUAGGGGAGGAGGGCCUCCCCUCACGCCAGCACACAGCAGCAGCUGCCCUGCCUCUGAGCUCAGGGCUUCUUCUCCAUCAGCCUCCCCAGCCCACUCUCUCCCUGCUCCUGUCUUCCAGUCGCAGCCCGGGGUCCCCAAUUCUAUUGGUGUAUUUUGGGUCAUGGUUACCAAGAGCUGCCUGGUGCCUACUGUAAACCUUUAUCUCCUGCGCGGGCCUUGCCAGCCCCUGACUCAGGCUUAGUAUAUAUGUUCUGGGCUGGGUCCAUUUGUCCAGCUGGGCCUCUACCUAAGCUGCACACCCCGUUCACCACUGCCAAGCCCAUACCUCUCAGGAGACCUCUGCCUCUCCCAAAGCCCUCUGGUGGCAAGAACUGCGGAGUGUAGCAGACUAAAUUUGGUUCCACCCCAGCGCUCUGAAGACUGAGACGUUAUCUCCCCUGGUGACACUGGCCUGGAGCCCUUCACAGUUAAUUCUGCUGGACACAGAUGGCCAUACCUGGUCACUCCCCUUGCGAGCUCUCAGUCUAGUGUGUGAGGCAUGCACGAGACAAGAGCUCCUGGAGCUACAGACAUGGGGUCAGGGGAGUCAUCCUCCUGGCUGGGAAUCCAAGAAGACUUCCUGGAAGAGGCAACAUUUGAUCUGGAUCUCAGCCUUAAAGAGGAGGAGGAUUUUCUUUUUGAUUACUAAUUCAUUUGUCUUUGAUGUUAAAAAUAAGUACAUGUUCAUUGUAGAGAAUUUGGAAACUGUAGAAGAGUGUGAAAAAGAAAAUAAAAAUCAGCUGUUGUCAUCACCUAACAAA